CAUCAAUGUUGAUGGCAGUGACAGCCGAUUUCAAAAGAAUGUUAAAAAAAUUACCGAGAUGUUUCGAAUGGAACAAUAAUAUUGCGAACAAAAACUAGGUUAAUCUGUGAGAGGCAAAAUUUUAGUCAAGGAACAUGGGUAAUAUCUUGGCAAAAUUCAGGAAAAGCAAGAGUACAUAUGAAGUUUUGGAAAAACUGGAAGAUGAAAUAAACUCAAUUAAUGAAUUUAAGAAGAGUACAGAGGAGGCUCAGAAGAAAAUAAUAAGACAAUGGCUCGUAUUUGGUGGUCUCACUUAUGUAGUAUUUUUAGUUUAUCUGUACUUCAAUUUCAUCUAUUUUACAAGUAAUCAACGUCUCUUGAGUAUGAUUCCUAUUAUUGUGCUUCCACCCCUGAUAUGGUUCAUGAAACGAAUUUUAACUUGGUACUAUAACAAGAAAAUCAGAAAAAAUCAAAACAAAUUGGUGUCAUUGAAAGAAGAGAAAAAGAAAAUACUCGAUAAUGUGAUGGAAAAGGAGACAUACAAAGUGGCCAAGACGAUUUUAGACAAAUUUGCUCCAGAACUAAAGAAACCAACUAUUGAAAGUACACCAUCUAAAGCCUUAACUCCCAGAAUCCCUCAAUCGAGCAAAGUUCUGGAUACAGGUUUGCGUCAAAGGUAUGUGCCUCAGACACGCGGCCGCCUGUCCUUUGGUAUCCCUUCAUCUCCGAUAAUACCAGAGGGUCAAAUCGCCAUUCGUCCCACUUCCACACCGAUGCUGGCAAUUCCACCAACAACUGGCGACGUAGCGUCUCCAGCUCUUGUACGUCAACAAGCUGCUAGACCUCUCCCAGCUGCAAUACCACCACGAGAUCGAAGCAUUCUCGAUAAAAUGGUGGACUAUUUGGUAGGUGACGGUCCCGAAAAUCGCUUCGCUCUUAUCUGCUCCAAGUGCUGCAGUCACAACGGUAUGGCAAUGAAGGAAGAAUUCGAGUACAUGGCAUUCCGUUGCUGUUACUGCUCGGCUUUUAAUCCGGCGCGUAAGAAGAGACCGGCGGCACCCCUGCUCGAACCGCAGCAGCCUCAGUUGGUAGCCGCGACUAAUAAACGCGCCGACGACUCCAGCUCCUCGGACUCGGAUUCGGAAAAGAAUUCGGGUUCUGAUUCGGACGAGAGUGCCAAACCGACAGAAGUUGAGGCUGUGGAUCAGCGCAACGACUCACCGAUAGAAUCCAAGGCCGAGGAGGCGCCUGAGAGCAAACUUUCGAAUAAUGAAUCACCAAUGGACGUGGACGGAGAAAUGCAAUUUGUGGAGAACUCGGGUGGCAAAGACUAACAUAUUGUCGCCUAUGAAUGCAAAUAAUAAUCGUUAUUACAUUUAAAUAAAGACUGACCACGUAAUGUUCAUGUAGCACUAUUAAUGUCGGUAGAUACGAAACAGUUCUAGUUGUUCUCCCUUAUUUAUUUAUUUUUAUUUAUGUUUUUGUCUUCAUCUAUCUGUAGUUUUACAAUUUUUAACUGUGUAUUGUUUUUUUAUAAUUGUCCAGUUAUGGGACCUUUAAUAAAUUUACCUGUGAGAUUCUACAAACCCGGUGUAUCCAACAUAUCAAUUUAUGUUUGGCCUCUUAUGGAAAAACAAUCAUAGUUGAAGGACACACAGUUGAUUACAAAAGAGUAGGAUAAUGCUCGAGUGUCGGUAGCAUUAUCUGGUUUUACAUAACUACAAAUUAACAUAUUUUCACAACUUACUGGGCAAAUUAUUUUUAAAAAUAUUUAUAACUUUGUUACAUAAUCAAAAUUGUUUGACAAUUUCUUGAUCCUGAGUUUCUAAAAUUCGCCGUACUGCUCUCCUAAACCAAAAACAGCGAACAGUUUUCUCACUUCUAUAGCACUUUUGACUUAGGAGGGACAGUAUACAUAUGAUGCAAUUUAAUUAUAUCAUAAGAAAUUAACAACAUUAUUCAAUAUUGUUCUACCCAAUAUUAUGAAUAAACUGUACAUAUUGUUGUUUUGUCGCAUAUUUAUAGUGUAUAAAUAUGUGCUUUUAUAUACAGUCUUUGUUAUUUGAAAUUAUACUAAAAAAAAUCUACUUUUAAUAGGUUAUGGAAUGUGAUAAUACAGGAUUGUUCAAUUAUUUUAAAUAGGUGCCUUUCUGCAUUUUAUAUAUUGUAUCCAAAUAAAAAGCUUUCCACAUGCAUUA